AUGCGCGCCCAAUUCGCUGUCCUCCUGGCCUUCGCCGCCCCGCUCUUCGCCAUCUCCAUCACGUCCCCCUCCAAGAACGACGUUGUCGACCUCGAGGCGGGCGUGACCGUCGAGUGGUCCACCGUCAGCAGCGACCCGACCAAGGCCCACCUCUUCCUGGUCAACAUGGCCGCCGGCAACACCCCCUUCAGCAAAGACCUCGGCGAGGUGGAUCUCUCGGCCGGCAGCAAGACCGUCACGGUGUCGGACGUGCCCGACGGCGAGGGGUACCAGUUCAACUUCCAGAGCGUCACGGCGCAGAACACGGGCAUCCUCGCCCAGUCUGAGCAGUUCGAAGUCGAGGCUUCGGGCGAGGACGACGCCGAGUCCAGCACCUCGUCGUCGGCUUCCGCCUCGACCAGCGAGUCCGCCGAGACCGCCUCCAGGACUGCCUCUGCGUCGUCGAGCGGCUCCGCCUCCGCCACCGUCACCGAGACUGCCACCACCCUCAGCACCGUCUCGACCUCGGCCACCGGCUCCGCCGCCUCGGGCGCCGAGACCGCCUCCCGCACGGGCGCCGCCGCCUCCAGCACCAGCACCGGCGCCGCUGCCCCGACGGGCAUCGCUGUCCAGGGCGGCAGCCUGCUUGCUCUGGUUGCUGGCCUCGCCGCUGUGCUUGCUUAA